AUUUUCUUACAGAAGCAGUAGUCACGGAUUUGCAUAUUGAAGUAUGCAAAUGACCAACAACAAUCCAAAAUCUCUAUUUAAUUUCGCAAUGGAACAAUACAUAUCUUACAUACUGCUAUUAAUUACUAGGCAGAGUACUAAUCACGGGUUGCUAUUUUUAUAACCUUAUAGCUAGCUAUAUAUAAACCAUUCAACCCCUACACUCAACUUAUAAAACCCCAUCCAAAACCCUACCCCAAUCACUAGAUCGAUCUUCUCAAUCGAUUAACUAGUGCUACAAAUAUAAACCCUAAAAAGAAAAAAGAAAAAAAAUCAUGGGUUCCAUUAAGCAGCUCCCUGCCAUCUUUUUCAUUUUCUUGAUCUUUAUGGUGAUAUCAUUACCACCAAUUCAAGCUUGUGUUCCUUGUCAAGAUCCACAUCAUCCUCAACCACCUUACCACCGCCCAGGCCAACCGAAAAACCCACCGCACCAUGGUGGAGGAGGUGGAGGAGGGGGCGGCGGUGGAAAAGGUGGAGGUGGCGGAGGUGGAGGAGGAGGCGGAGGUAAAGGAGGUGAAGGAGGAAAGGGAGGGAAAGGAGGUGAAGGAGGAAAAGGAGGGAAAGGAGGUAGUGGAGGAGGAGGUGGCGGUCAUCCGAAAUCACCACCUCAUACAAAACCCUCACCGGUGAUCCCGUCACCAGUUAUAAUAUCACCACCAAUCAUAAAUCCUCCAGUGAUAAUGCCACCACCUUCAUCUCCCGGUAACCCGCCAUACAAUCCUCCAUCAUCACCUGGUGGCGGUGGAGGUGGCGGUGGUAGCGGUGGAAGUAAUCCUUCACCGCCUACGUCACAGACUUGUCCAAUAGAUGCCCUAAAGCUUGGACUUUGUGUGGAUGUGCUUGGUGGGUUGGUGCAUAUUGGUUUGGGGGACCCAGUUGAGAAUACUUGUUGUCCUGUACUCGGUGGACUUCUUGAGCUUGAAGCGGCAAUUUGUCUUUGCACUGCCAUAAGGAUUAAGCUUCUUAAUCUAAACAUAUUCAUUCCUCUUGCUCUUCAAGCUUUAAUCACCUGUGGAAAGACUCCUCCUCCUGGUUUCAUUUGCCCUCCUCUCUAGUGAUCAACCCUAAUUAAGCUAGCUAGCUAGUAGUCAUCGUGGUACUGUUUGAUCGAACAUGCAAGUUUGUUUUUUGAGCUAAUUAAUAACUCUAGUAGUUUGUUUUAAUUUCGAAACCGUUGUUAUUUUAUCAAUUGGAAAUUGGAUUUGUAACAUCUGGUUACUUUUAUAA